AUGUUGCCGAGCAGUUGCACUCCGAUGAGUGCGCAGGUUGUUGCAGGCCCACUGCGCAACUGCCAGUGCUCCCCACCUGCACAGCUCGUCCAUGCCGGCUUGCGUUCUUUCAAUGCAGUUGUCUUCGCCAUUGCCAGCUGCCUGGCUGUCAAGUCACGGCGAUGGCCCGGCGUCGAUCGGGCAAACGCACAGCCAGAUGUCCUUUGGCCCGAUCCAGGCGCAGCGCUUCGCGAGGCUGGAGAGGAGCACGGGCUCGUGCUGGAGGACUGCACAGCGAGUGUGUCCUUGGACGAAAUGCGCCCCCAUCGGAUGGGUGGCCUGAUCGAUGGCUGGGCUGCGCAUCCUGGACACGAGACCUGCCGGUGCUCAAUGAAAGUUGCUAUGCUGGACCUUCCAAGUCUGCGGAUUCCGACGGCAGGUUCGUCGGUUUGGAGAACGGCUUCGAGAGUAGCCGGCGCGAGCGCCUUUGGAAAGCGCCGCUUGGUGCCGCUCUUUGGCUCUUGCUCCCAGAUCCUGCGGGACGCAGAGUGGGAAGCCGAGCGCCAGCAGUGUGCCGUGAUACUCGCAGCUGAAG